AUGAAUGAUUAUUACUUUUGUGUGGUGAUUGAUCUACUACUAUUGUCAUCGAUCUUGAGUUCAGUCUCUGUCAAUGUGAGAACUAAGAGAACAUUGAACUUAGUACCACUUGAAAUACCAACUCAGCAAAUUUAA